GGCAACAGCCACAGCAACAGAGCCAGUAUACUCCCCCCUACCCCUCCUCCUUCUCCUCUCUCUCUCUCAUAAUCCCAGAUCCACACCAAGGGAGAUGGAGGGCACCCGGCCCCGCUGAGGAGCACAGUCUCAGGGAAGGAAAAUCUCACAUGAGCCCCUCCUUUGCCUGGAUCAUUUUUGGACAAUAACCAACGGGGGAGUGAAAGGAGGUGUGUGCUCGCAAGCCAGCCAGCCCGCUGGAGGGAGGAAGGGAGGGAGAGAAAGAGAGAGAGAGGUAGGGAGAGGGAAGGGGGGAUGAGUGGCAGGUUUGGUACAGCUGCUGAUGCCAGGGUCUGAGAGUGAAGGAGGGAGCCAGAGAGAGAGAGAGAGAUUGAGGGAGAGCGAGGGAACGGAGGACCUGAGGAUUGGUGGAGUGGAAGGCUGGCACGUGUAGAGCAGCUUCGGCAACUUAUGGGCCGAGAGACGAGGAGAGGAGGACACAGAGGCAAAAUACACACACUCAACGCACACGACUGGACAGAUGAGGAGGCAGCAGGGGCCAAGCUUCAGUCCUGGGUGUUUGGUGCACUGACCCUGCCUGUGAUAGGCUAGGAGUCAGAAGACCAGGGCCAUGAUUGGCUCUCCUGGCCCUGGUGGGCGUGCCUUAGUGCCAUGGCUGAGGGUGUGGCGAUGGGUCCUGGCUGUUUUCCUGGUCACCAUGAUAACCUUGAUGUUGCCAGAAAGUUCCCAGGCGUGUCCGCCACGGUGUGAGUGCUCGGCUCAGCUGCGGUCAGUGUCAUGCCAGCGGCGGCGCCUCACCAAUAUCCCAGAGGGCAUUCCCACGGAGACACGACUGCUGGACCUCAGCAGGAACCGGCUCCGUUGGGUGCAAGCAGGUGACCUGGCACCGUACCCGCGACUGGAGGAAGUGGACCUCAGUGAGAACCUCAUUGCCACAUUAGAGCCCAAUGCCUUUGCCAAUCUCCAGAGUCUUAAGGUGCUGAAGCUGCGAGGAAACCAGCUGAAGCUCGUGCCCAUGGGAGCCUUUGCUAAGCUUGGCAAUCUGACCAGCCUUGACCUAAGUGAGAACAAGAUGGUGAUUUUGCUGGACUACACCUUCCAAGACCUGAGAAGUCUGAAACAUCUGGAAGUGGGAGACAAUGAUCUGGUCUAUAUAUCCCACAAGGCUUUCUCUGGGCUUCUGGGGCUGGAAGACCUGACUAUAGAGCGCUGCAACCUGACAUCCAUCUCUGGCCAGACGCUCUCAUACCUCCGCAACCUGGUCACCUUACGCCUGUGCCACCUCAGCAUCACUGCCCUUGAGGACCAGAACUUCCGCAAGCUCUCCAACCUGCGGGGUCUGGAGAUCGAUAACUGGCCAUACCUGGAGUACAUCUCCCCUCUUAGUUUCCAGGGCCUGGACCUUCACUGGCUCUCAAUCACCAACACCAACAUCACCUCCGUUCCUUCUGCUUCCUUCAAGAACCUGGUACAUCUCACCCACCUCAACCUGUCCUACAAUCCCAUCAGCACACUAGAGCCCUGGGCCUUCAAGGACCUGCUGAGGUUGAAAGAGCUCAUCAUGGUAAGCACAGGGUUGGUGACAGUGGAGCCCCAUGCCCUUGGAGGUCUUCGACAGAUCCGGGUCCUCAACUUCUCCUCCAACGACCUGCAAACAUUGGAAGAGGGCUCCUUCCACUCUGUCAAUAGCCUGGAGACCCUCAGAGUGGACGGGAACCCCCUGUUGUGUGACUGCCGUCUGUUGUGGAUCCUGCAAAGGCGCAAGACCCUCAACUUUGACGGCAGAGUGCCGGUGUGUGCUGGGCCGGUGGAGGUACAGGGGCACAGCCUCAGUACCUUCACCGAUUCGGCACUCUUCGACCACUUUACCUGCCAGAAACCUAAGAUACGCAACCGUAAACUACAGCAGGUGAUUGCUCGUGAGGGCCAACCAGUGAGUUUCCUUUGUCGAGCGGAGGGAGAACCUGCACCUGCUAUCGUCUGGAUCUCCCCACAGCGCCGGCGGAUCACAUCUAAGAGUGCAGGCCGCAUCACUGUCCUCCCUAGUGGCACCCUGGAGAUCCGCUAUGCCCAGCUUACUGACAGCGGAACAUAUAUCUGCAUUGCGAGUAACGCUGGGGGCAAUGACACCUACUUUGCCACACUGACAGUCCGUGGCCAGCCUCUGGACGCCGCCUCAGCCUUUUUUCUCAACCGCUCACUGUACAACAGCGAGUUCUUCAACGACACAAAUCUGAACAGCACACGAGUUUUCCUCAAGUUCACAUUGGACCUGACCACCAUCUUGGUCUCCACAGCAAUGGGUUGCAUCACCUUCCUGGGGGUGGUCCUCUUCUGUUUCCUGCUGUUGUUCGUGUGGAGCCGGGGACGCGGCCAACGCAAGAACAACUUCACAGUGGAGUACUCUUUCCGGAAAUCAGAACCCGUCACUGGAGGCUCCUCGGGAGGGGCCAGGAAGUUCAACAUGAAGAUGAUAUGAAACAACGCAGCCAGGGGUCCCUCGGGGGAGGCAUGAGCACGUCCUAAAAACGUGUUUGACAUACACAAGCACACACAGCUGUUGACUCGCAAAGAUAUACAAAAGAAUAAAAUAAAGCAUUGUUCAUUCCUGUAUUCCAAUUGGGUGAACACUUGAAAGCCAACUUGAUUUGGAUUGAUUUGUGGCUGAAAACAAAACGACCCUGAUUUCUCUGCCUCUCAGUGCUUUUAUUCAGCUUGUGGUAAAAAUGCAUUUGAAUGAUAAUGAUAAGUCACUACAAUAUUGAUCAUUUUGAAAGAGCUACUAUCUUGUCAUGCUUGCUUGAUAAGUAUAAUUAUAAGAUAUAAGUUUAUAAAUCGGCAUGAUUAUUGAGCUGUGGCAUUGUGGGUAGUCCUUUCUCUCUCCAUUACAAUAAUGAGAAAAUGAAAAACAAUGUCCUGCUUCUUUCAAGUUGCCCUUUAUUGCAUUAUUAACAGUCAGGGAUUUUAAAAGAAAUGUGAUACAGAGAGAAAUGACUACCUCACAGUUACAGCAUUUGUAGCUUUGCUUUGCUAUGAAUCUUUGCAAAAGCAUGUAAAAUUGCAGUUGAGAGUUAAGUUGUUAACCUAUACGUUCAUAUCACUGAAUAAAAAGAAACAGUUUGGUAAGACAGUUUGGAUAUGUUUUCUGUAGUACAUCUGCUGGCCAGUUUUAUCUAUACAGACCACAGCUGAAUCAUGAGGAGGGUUGUGUAGGGUCAAAGACUUCAUAAAGCUUCAACCAAAACAUUACCAUAUAAGAUCUGUUUUGAUAACGAAAGCCUCUACAGCCAGUGGCAUAUGAUCUGGUUACAUAACAUCUAAUAGAGAAGUAACUGAUUUGGAUGAAUCACAUGAAUGAUAAACAUUGGAAAAACAACAACGAAUUUGGCCUUUUAUUCUUUGGGAGAGUUUGCAACAAGGUAAGCUGUGUGAGUUUGGGACGAGUGCACUGGCCGAGAGCUGCCAUGGCUGCCCGUGGCCCAGAGGGUUUGGUUAGGAAGUCAAGCCUACCGGACACGGGCUGCCACGGUAACCCUAGCAACCAACACAAGAGAGGGCAAGGGGGCCGGAUUGGCGGCUGGAGGAGGGCUGUUGGGUAAGGAGAGGUCACCUUGACAUCCUCCUUCCUCGGCCCUCCACCACUAACCCCUCUCAUCCACCUGCCUCUGGUGAUUGCACAAGAGGGUCAGCCUGCCGGCUGCUACCCCCGUCCCCACCCUCUGCUGUGUUGGCGAACACCUGACCUUCACAGGGCUGCCAGGGGGGAGCAGCCUGGAGAGUCGGGACAUACUCAGAGGCACACAGAGAAUACACCAUAAGAAGUACAGGGGUGUUCACGUAAACACACACACACACACAUUCACACUCCUCCAUUGAAGAUAUAUGCUCAGUACCCACUCACCCUUAUAGGACACAAAUGCAGUAACCAGUCCUGCAAAAAUGCAUAGUGACACACUCAUUCUGCAACAUGCACAGCACCUUUUCUCAGGAAAAAGGGAUAUAGCAAGCCUACAAGUGUGAUCAUACAUACAAACAAACACUGUUUACAUUAUAACAUUCCAGCAAUACUGUAUGUAGAACAAUAAAGCCAAACUCGUCGACACUUGUCCAAGAGACAAGAAAUGUAAAUUUUUGAUUGAUGAAACAAAGCCAUAGUAUUAGUACUUAAUCCUUUUUUAUAGCAGUAGUUGCAUGAUUUAGUAGUAUAAUAAUUAUUGCCACUGCCAUAUUACAAGCUGUCAUGAUGAUCACAAAACCAUCUGCUAUAGUUGGGCUUGCCCAAAGUUGCAGCCCCACACAUACACACAAAAACACACACACACGCACAAAGAGGUAUUACCACUUCUAGGUUAUUUACAAUGUGAGUUACAGCAAUAAACAUCAUGGUUACACAGAGAAAGACACAUGACUACAUUAGACACCACAACACAUGUAAAAGUGACUCUUCUCCCUCUGUCUCUGAGGCGGUCAGUGUGCGAAUGUCUCUGCCCCCCUAGCCCAGUGCAUCCCCCCCCCUCACCCCACCCCCUCGCCCCCACUGGGUCCUCCUUUGGGAGGGGUCCCUGGCUGGAGACCACGGAUUCAAAUGUAAAUGAAGUCGUGUUAACCCUACCCACGCCAUGUGCAUCGUAUAGUGGAAAGUACUGUGGUUAAAAAAAAAAAAAAAUAACAGUGUUCUGUUGCUGCUUGGUUGUCUUCUGUUUUUGUUUUUGUUUUUUUUGUUUUUUUAUUUCCUCAGCUGAUGUUCUUGGUGACCUUUGGCUGUUAACCGUUAAAAGUUCCUCGUUGUCUAUGUGGGACUGUUCUGCUCUCAACACCUGAUAAAGUUCCCGUACACUGUGUGUGUGUGUGUGUGUGUGUGUGUGUGUGUGUGUGUGUGUGUGUGUGUGUGUGCGCGCUCGUGUGCGUGUGCAUCAGCUUAAACCAGGCUGAGCAAUGGCUUGACCAGGACAUGAGCCAUAAUCAAAAGCACACUUACCACACUGUGCCAAAGACCUGCACACUGGUUUGGAUUAAUAUGCACCAGGUAAGAGAAAAUUUCAAACUCUCAAAAACUUUGCAAAAGAAGUCUGCAAAUCUCUCUCCUGCUUCUUAUGUGAAGAUGAAUCUGUGUGAAGAUGAAUCGCUGAACGGAUGUUAAAGAUUAAUAAGGCUGAAUGAGAAUAGAUGAAUACUUUGGCCUGGUUUUUAACACAGUCUUUUACAAUCACAGCAGCCAUUUCGGCUGCCAGAGCUCACGGUGUUGAGAGCAGGACGUUGCCCUCAUGGAUGUUUCCUCUUCCUGAGCCGAUCCUUUUGUUCUUCCAUUCCCUCGUACUUUUUCAGUGGAAUCUAGGCUUAGAAGACAGUGAGAAUGUUUGUAGUGACUGUUGAUGGUGUUAUUGUGUAAACAUCAAUCACAAAUGUGAGCGUAGAUGAGGGUGUGUUUCAUUUUUAUUAUCUUCUUCUCCCCCGUCCCCCUUCCUUUCCCUUCAUCCCCCGCCCUGCCUCGCUUUACUUUUCCUGUCCUCUGCACACCUCCGAUCCUUGUUGUCCCUGUUUCACAGUAUUAGGGUGGAAUAUGGUUGUGUGGUAGUAGACACGUGUUCUGUGUGGUAGGUGAAUCAGUGUUGUCGUGUUUUGCUUCGUUGCUCCUUGUGAUGCCAUCAACCAUGGAGCAAAGAUCGGAACAACUUAGAAAAAAAAAAAA